AGUAAAUUCUUAUUUUUUCAAUUCCGAUCACAGAAGACAGAAGAAUCACAGGAGAUGCUAGCCUUCACCCAUGAUGGAAAACAGUACUGUUGGACCAGACUCCCACAAGGAGGCGCAACCAGUCCAUCAGACUACACUGAAGUGAUGUCACUCAUUCUACAAGCAUGUAGACCAUUGUUCCCAGACAACACACAGCUCAUACAAUAUGUAGAUGAUCUAUUGCUAGCUACAAGUACAGAAGACCAAUGUAAACAAGAGACUGUAUCCCUGUUAAGAUUUCUGGAAGAGUAAAACUGCAGAGCUUCCAAGGAAAAGCUUCAACUGUGCCAGCAGAGGGUCACCUUCCUUGGUCACUGUAGCUCACAAGGAACCAGACACAUCACUGAAGAAAGAAAACGGCUCAUUCUACAAACUAAAGUACCAGACCAUCAAACAGACCAGAUCAUUCUUAGGUCUUGUCGGCUACUGCAGAGAGUGGAUACCUCAUGCUUCUAACUACAUGCAAGUUCUGUAUGAUAGUACAAAGAAAGAUGUACCAAUCUACACCACGGAGCAAGUUGAAGAAGCAGUUUGGAAACUCAAGGCUGCCAUAGCAUCUCCACCAGCACUGGGUCUGCCAGACUACACCAAACCAUUUACUCUUUAUUGCCAUGAGAAAGGCCAUGCACUUGGAGUCAUCACGCAACUGCAUGGAAGCAAGCAACGCCCAGUGGCUUAUCUUUCAAGCAAACUAGACAACAUUAUCCAAGGAGCACCCACCUGUAUCAGAGCAGUCGCAGCAACAGCAGUUCUCAAACAGAAAUGCAUAGACAUUGUGCUUAAUCAUGAACUGAUCAUUCAGGUGCCACAUGCGGUGACUGAAAUACUACAGCAAGCCAGAACCAAGCACUUAUCAGCUGCAAGACUCACCAAGUAUGAAGUAGCUCUACUAAGUGCUACAAAUGUCACCAUCAAGAGAUGUACCACCCUCAACCCAGCAACUCUACUACCAGCCCUAUUGCAGGAAGAAGGAGCAGAGUGUGAAUCCCUAGAUUCAAAAGGAGGGAGAAGAGGGACAUAUAUCUCUAGCAAUGGUACCCAGAAUAACCAGGAUGAUGAGGACCACAUGAACUAUGGGAAUGAGGAAAGUGAUGAAAAUAUUCACAACAACAUUUUUUCCCAUGACUGCAUGGCUGAUGGAACAAGAGACUCAACACUACCUCAUGUCACAGACAGAGCCCUUCCUGAUGCCCAACACAAUCUCUAUGUGGAUGGGUCAAGAUACUAUGAUAAUGGAGCCCCAUAUACAGGGUAUGCUGUUACAACAGAGACUGAUAUCGAAUCAGGAAGUGUACCAGCACAACUAUCAGCACAAGCUGCAGAACUCACCAAGGCUCUGGAGUAUGCAGAGAACACAACAGCUAACAUAUACACAGACUCCAGAUAUGCCUAGGGAAUUACGCAAGAUUAUGCUCAGAUUUGGAAGAGCAGAGACUUCAAAACAGUUACAGGAAAACAGAUACAACAUGCAGAUCUGAUAAAGAAACUAUUUGAAGCUCUGGGCAAGCCAACCAAAGUAGCCAUCAUAAAGCUCCAAGCACACACUAAGAAUCAAACUAAAGAGACAAGAGGAAAUAAUUUGGCAGAUGUCGAAGCAAAGAGGGCAGCCAAGAGCCCUGACAAAUCAGGAGUACAAGUAAUGCUAGCUGAAAGUGAAACCCAGAAUCCAGCACACAUGGCUGAUCUACAGCAACUCAUCCUCUUCCAGAAUCAAGCGGGUCCCUUAGAAAAAGUCACAUGGCAAAGGAAGGGAGCCAUACAAGAACAUGAUACGGGACUCUGGAAGAUAGAAGAUAAGACAUGUUUGCCAAGAGUGCUAUAUCCAGCUGUGUCAAUUAAGCCAUGGAAUUACCCAUGCAGGAAAAGACCAAAUGACAAGACAAGUCAAUCAAAGAUGGAUAGCUCCAGGAUUCUAAGGGGCAGCAGAGAAGCAUACACAAGCAUGCUGGAUAUGUGGAAUCUCAAAUCCAGAAAGGAGAACCAAGACUCCAGCAGGAGCCAUUCCAAAAGCCAAUAUGCCAUUCCAAAGACUACAGAUAGACUAUAUUCAGAUGCCAACUCAUGUACUGGUCUGUGUCAACACCUUCUCAAAAUGGGUGGAAGCCUUUCCAGUAGCCAAAGCCACAGCAAGGAAUACAGCAAAGAAAAUAUUGACUGAAAUAGUAUGUAGGUAUGGAAUACCAGAAGUGAUUGAAUCAGAUAGAGGAAGUCACUUCACAGGAGCAGUCAUGACCCAUAUCAUGGAAGACUUGGGCAUACAGCAGGCCUUCCACACCGCCUAUCGGCCGUAAGCUAGCAGACUAGUGGAGAGAACAAACUAUAGCAUCAAGGCAAAGAUCAUGAAGGCAAUGCAAGACACUGGAAAGGGAUGGGUUGACUGUUUGCCUUUGGCACUGUUUAGUCUUAGAACUACACCUAACAAAAAGUCAGGAUAUUCACCAUAUGAAAUCUUGUUUGGUAGUAUACCUAAGAAAGGAUGUUAUUAUCCACAGGAAUUGCAGCAUAAACAUGGUGAUUUAACUGCUUAUGUAAAAAGUCUGACUGAGAGACUAACCCAUCUUCAUGUUGUAGCACAUACUUCUCUUCCAGACUCUACAACAGAUAAGAAUCCACAUCAUCUCCAGCCAGGAGAUUGGGUGUACCUGAAAAGACACGUGAGGAAGUCCCUGGAGCCCAGAUAUGAUGGUCCAUUCCAGGUGUUGCUAACUACCCCAACGUCUGUGAAGUUGAAAGACAGCGAGGCUUGGGUGCAUGCAUCACAUUGCAAACUUUUUAAAUCUGUAAGAAACGAAUAAGGAAAGACUUUGAAUCCUCCAGAUAUAAGACAUUGCAGAAGAGUCUGGCAAAGAAAGUCCAACAAUAGUCUGCCCUAAUGGAUAUGAGUCAACGGUCUACCAACCAAAGCCAUGAAAGACAUCAACCCUGUAACAGAUAGGGUGUAGUUUCCUACCUAUAGGGAGAUGGGUAGCCACUGGUAUCGUUAAGAGUAGACUGUUAUUGCAUAGACUUGUUAGGAAAAUGCCAGAUAAGCUUGUAAUGUUUGAUUUAUUAUAAAAAGGAGGGGAAAUGAUCGCGUUAAUAAUUAGCCACUAUAUUGGGUUAUAAUAAACAAAUGCUUUUUAUAUAAGAAAGAAAUGUGUUUAAAUAAAGUUUGGACAUAUUCUAAACGUAGGCAUUUGAAGUGUAAGCUAAGAAAUCUUCAUACUGGUUCUUAGAGAAAAGCUAACAUCUGGUAUUCAUCGCGUAUUGUCCACGAAGACAAAAAAUGGCUGUAUGCAGUCUAUGGAAAAACUUAAGAACAAGAAAUGCGAACGUGGCAGAAAAGAAUUGGCAAUGUAUGAGAUGAUUAUGCUAUAGGAUCUACUGGAUAUUGUGCAAUGUAUGUUACGAAAUGAAUGGAAAAUAACUCUCAAUAAUUGUUUCAAGAUGUGUCUCCUCCUUUGGAGAGAAAUGUGAGCUGGACAAUUAAAACCAGAUGUACACUGUAUGCCUAUAUAUAUGUGUGUUUUCUAACUCAAGUAAAGUAGAAUGCUUAUGAGA